GGAGCGACCCCGCCCCGGAGCCUGGGAGCGGCGCGCCCGCGCGGGGGGCGGGGGGGAGGGGAGACCGGAUGUGAGUGGAGCGGCCAUUUCCUGUUUCUCCGCAGUUUUCCCCAGCUUUGGGUGGUGGCCGCUGCUGGGCUCCGGCUUCCCGUUGGCGGAGGGCGAGGCGGCGUGGACAGCGGCCCCGGCACUCCGCGCCCCGCCGCCCGCAGCCGCGCGCCCGCCCGCCCGCCGCGCCCCGAGUGCGCCGCUUCUCGCCUCAGCGCCCGGCCGCCGCCGCGGCCCAGCGAGCGGCCCAGAUGCAGGCCAUCAAGUGUGUGGUGGUGGGAGACGGAGCCGUAGGUAAAACGUGCCUACUGAUCAGUUACACAACCAAUGCGUUUCCUGGAGAAUAUAUCCCCACUGUCUUUGACAACUACUCUGCCAAUGUUAUGGUGGAUGGAAAACCGGUGAAUCUGGGCUUAUGGGAUACAGCUGGACAAGAAGAUUAUGACAGAUUACGUCCCUUAUCCUAUCCGCAAACAGAUGUAUUCUUAAUUUGCUUUUCUCUUGUGAGUCCUGCGUCAUUUGAAAAUGUUCGAGCAAAGUGGUACCCUGAAGUGCGACACCACUGUCCCAACACCCCCAUCAUCUUGGUGGGAACUAAACUUGACCUCAGGGACGACAAAGACACGAUUGAGAAACUGAAGGAGAAAAAGCUGACUCCCAUCACCUACCCGCAGGGUUUGGCCAUGGCGAAGGAGAUCGGUGCUGUAAAAUACCUGGAGUGCUCGGCGCUCACGCAGCGAGGCCUCAAGACAGUGUUUGAUGAAGCUAUUCGAGCGGUUCUCUGCCCCCCUCCCGUCAAGAAGAGGAAGAGAAAAUGCCUGCUGUUGUAAACGUCGGGCCCCUCUCCUGCCCUGCCCCCGUCAGAACCUUUGUACGCUUUGCUCAAAAAUGGUGGAGCCUUCGCACUCAAUGCCAAGUUUUUGUUACAGAUUAGUUUUUCCAUAAAACCAUUUUGAACCAAUCAGUAAUUUUUAGGUUUUGUUUUAAGUGUAAGACUUCAAACUUUCACAUUAUAUUAAAAUUUAGCCCUAAAAUGGCAAGCUUUUUUAAAGCCUUAUUUUUCAGAAGCCCCUAUUCUUGCUCAGAUUGAGUUGCCAAAAUACCUUGUGAACUAAAUUGCAUUGUUGUGCUGAGAACACUAAGCACUAAACCGUUUAAGACCUUUGUCUUGAGAAGAGACCGCAGCCAGCCUCUCAAGUUCGGACGCACAGACCCCUGCUGGCUGGUCUCUGCCGGGAGAGCCCCCAGCCUCCUUCCGGAGACUGGCCGCCUGGCGCAGCCCGGCCGCCCCCAGCACCGAGCUGUGUGUCCUCCUGGAACGAGCGUAAUGACUCAGCUCUCUGAUCAAUCUUUUUGAUUUUAUAGUGAGAUUUUUUUUUUUUUUUUUAAGUAGUGUAUUCGCUUUUGCUGAGAUUUGGAACCGCCCUCUGGCUCCCGCCCCUGUGAUGAAAGGGUCCGCUGUGGCCGUGGGCAACCUGGGGAGGGUGUGCGGGCCACGGGACGCGAUCAGAGGACGAAGACAGUAUUCUGACAAAACACUACACUGUGCACGUCAUUACUAAACUGAAAGUGUCACGGGUAAAAUCUUAAAAGGUUAAUUUCUGUCAGAUGCAGUAAAUGAUGAAAGGUCGGUAUCAUCACUAAGUGUUUUAAGCUUUUUUUCUUAGACUCCAUCCCUCCUGAGAUCGGGCAUUUAAUUCAUCUUUGAACUGGUCGUUCCCAUAGUUGCUGACUUAGUGCUUUUCUUAUAGAACCCCUUCUUAAUGAGCAAUAUGCCUCCUUGUAUUAUAAAAUCUUUCUGAUAAUGCAUUAGACUUUUUUUUUUUGUAGAUUAGUGAAAGUGCAUUCCUGUUCCCUUGUUACUUUAUUCAGAGCUAAUAAGCGCUUUCCUUAGUUUUCUAGUAACUAGGUGUAAAAAUCAUGUGUUGCAGCUUUACAGUUUUUGAAAUAUUUUAGAUAUUCCUAAACUAUGAACUUUCGUAACAUCACUGUCUUGCCAGAUCACCAGUACUGUACCUUGACUAAUGCUGACCCUCCUCCUCGCCACCUUCCCCCGGACACACGCUUCCUGUCGCUCUGCCUAAUCAACCACGUUCCUUUGGGUCUGUGAGGUUCUGUAAGCCCGUGCUCGUGCUAACCAAGUUCUGUACAACUUACCCGCUGGCAAGAAUACAAGGUUGGACCUUUCAACCACUAGAACAAAGUUUUUUAAAUUGACCGUUGCAGACUUGUGGAGUGUUUUUACAUUGAUCUUUUGCUAAUGCAAUUAGCAGUUAUGUUUUGCAUGUGUGACUUAAUAAAUCCUUGAAUCAUA